UAAAUUAAGAUACUUUGUAAUACACAUAGUUUAACUUAUAACAAACUUCUCGCAGGUUUUGUUUAUGUAAAAUCUUAAUUCACAGAAUGUGUAACUAAAGCCAAAGUAGCAUGAAAUGGUACAUAUACAUUCCCAGAGGAAAAACACCUAGUCCUUCAAAGUUUUGGCCAAUUUAUACUGCUCUAUUAAGUUAGAAUACUUCAAUAUAAAAUGUCUUAUUGUGUCAAAUGAUAGGAACAGAUACACCAAUGUGUUGUCAUAACUGGUGCAGGCUUGAUUCAGUUGGGGAAUAUAUCCAAAAUGACCAAGAAGACAUAGGCCUUUUUACACAUAACAACAAGUCUGGGCACCUUCUUGCCAAGGAUCACUCUACUGGGUAGUUAUCUUAUUUCAGUACAUUACACUGUCUCAUUGACACAAGUGGUAAUUAGAUUCUGGCCAUGCUGUUAGCUGCACCUUCAGUGAAUCUUUUACCACUUUCUGUAAUACUGUCUCUUCUAACUUUGCUUAGAUGUACUCUGAUACAUUUGAUCAGUCUCCUUUAUUGUGAACCUAUUUAUUCACUGUAACUGUAGGCGUGACAUCAGUUUCAUAUAGACUCACGCUUCCCCCUCAGUGAUGUGCAUUAAUGUGGCUUAACAGGAUUAGCACGGCAUCCAUUUUUUAAAUUUGAUAGUUUUAGCCUUAAGAUUUCAUUUAGGGGUCUCAAUAACAUGAAUAAUAAACAACAGGAGGAUUUUAUAAAUUGAAGGAUCAGUGCUGUUUGAAAAUACAGAAAUGUGUUUAUUAGGAAAAUUAAGUUGAUAUUUUGAAGAUUUACACCGCCAUAAAUGUGCAGUUUAUUACUUCUUUGCACACAUUUAGAUAAAGAAAUUCAAGCUGGCAAAACAUCUUGUUAAGACAUUAGAUAAGUAUAUGGCUUGUGGGCAAUAAAAGUGCUGUAUUGUAAUGGCUUUUGACACACUAAAUGAUUUUGUCUCUACACUGAUACCAAACUAUGGUAAUUGGAUUAUCACAGGCGAGUUGGGCAAAAGUCUGCUUGCAUUUGCCAGGAAAUUAUCCUUUUGUAAAGAAAACAUACCAUGCAAAGUAAUCACUACUGCGGGAAAGAAAAUAAAUAAAGAGCUAAUGGCCGAUGAUCCUCUGAGAACAGCAGGAUGCCAGGUUAUGAGGUGCCAAAAGACCUCUGAAAGUGAGGAGGUGUUGGGGCGUGAUAUCUCACAUGCAUUUGCCAAUUGUCCACUCAGAGGGCUUGCAGCUCGAACUGCCGUUGCCUUUUGGGUAAUUGCAGUAGUUAGAAUGUGUAUGAUUUGAAGGCAGCGGCAGCAGUUUGCUGUUAGCUGACAUUUAUUGGCGAGCGGUCGAGAGGAACACCUGGUGCGGAGAGUUCACAAUCCACGCCGAGGCAACAGAUGGAGCAAAUGAGGCAGGAAAGAGAAGGCGGUCCAGACAAAUGUGGCCACAAAACCACACAGAGGUGACGAGCGGCUGAAGACCAGUGUGGUAGACGUAAAGAACGUAUAAUCGCUCGGUUUUACUGGCAGUUUCCCAUGUUUAGUCUGCAUAUUGCCUCUGUGGUUUCCUAACAAGGCUGAUCCCUUUGAGGCCUGUAGUUUGCUUGAGGGGAGACAACACUUGUAAUUGCAGAGAAGGCGGGGAAGGACCUUUAUUAUCGUAUUUCACAACAGCUAAUGAUGUCAUACACAAGAAGAGUUGAGCCGUUUAACUGUAAAUUUGAAAAACAUGUAUCGACACAUUAUGUUACAAUAAACAUAGAGAAUUCAUUCAUCACGGUUUGACCUCUGUCCUUUUACGUGUGGUUUAUUCUGUGGGCGGACUAUUUCGCUUCUGAGGAGCUCAACCAGAAAAAAAGCUUGUUAAAUUGUGUUCAGUGAGUGAGAGAUUUGUGAACUCCGCUCAAUUUGACAGUCAUAAAACUUGGCUGCUCGUGUUUGGUCAAAACAUGAAGCUGGAGAGACUCACACAUGCAUGGGAAUAACAUGGAUUCUUGCCUUUUAAAUAAUAACUUUUACACGUUAAAAAGUGAACUCCAAAGCAGUCUCAACCAACUUAGUUUAUAUUCAUAUUACAAGUUACAGCAUUACAAGUUACACCCUUUAUGUAGAAUACAUUAAAAAAACGUUUUACUAUCAGUGUUACAAGUAGUUAGCAGUAGUCAGGGUUCAGGGGUCAACACAAAAGAAACACGACACAGAGGUGAUCAGCUCAGACUAAAAGACUUUGAGCCACAGUAAUCAGCCUGCAUAUGUUGACCCACUAUGCAGCUAUGUAACCUCAUCCUCUUACUAGCCAAGAUGAAUAACCCUAACCCCUGUUAGAUAUAGCUGAUAACAGCCUGAGUACAAUCUCCCUGCAAACCCCAAAAUGAGACAGAAUGAAAAAUAAAUGUCAGUUCAAGGAUAGGAAAGCAUUGUUAUUUUACUUUUUACAUAUGAACAAGUAAUUCCCUGGGAGGCUGAAUUUGAUUAUGAAAAAAUACUUAAGUUGUGAACAAGUGCUCACAGCAUUGCAUUAUGGGACAUAUGCUGUAAAACUCUGUUGUAUCUUUAACUCUCUUUGCUGUGUCACGCCUCGGUCACUUGAUCAUGACUGUUCAUUUCUACCUGUUACGUAACUCUUAACCUCUGUCCAAUUGUCAUGCUUAUAUCAGCGUUGUAUGUGUGCAUGGGUGUGUGUGCAUGGGUGUGUGUGUGUAUACACGUUGCUUAAAUUGAACUGGGUAAGCUCUAUUCAGCUCUUAUUUAGACAUAGAGGGACAACAGCACCGGCAACACCUAAAAAAAGAGCAUAAUGGCACUCCUUUUUUGCCUUGGCCUGUCGCUGCUGGCCUCCGUCCAGUCCAGCAACGUCAAGAACUGCCACCAUGGCUGCCACUGUGAGGUGGAAAGCUUCGGCCUGUUCGACAGCUUUAGCCUGACCAGGGUGGACUGUCGGGGGCUGGGACCCGGGACCACCAUGCCGAUCCCCAUCCCACUGGACACCUCCCACCUGGACCUGUCCUCCAACACCAUGGGCCCGCUCACCAACACCAUGUUGUCCGGUCCAGGCUACACCACCCUCGUUAGCUUGGACCUCAGCAGCAACCUUAUAACAACGAUAACAGCCAAUGUUCUGUCCAAGCUGCGUUACCUGGAGACUCUGGAUCUGAGCCACAACAACCUGCAGAGCCUCUCUCUCGGCUGUUUCUCCGGCCUCCCAUUGGCUGAAGUUGACCUCAGCCACAACAACUUCCAAGAGUUUGACAUGGACGUGUUCGCCACCAAAGUAAAUGGUGAGCCUGUCAGCGUGGAUCUGUCUCACAACAGGCUUGUGUCAGUCUCCACGGCUUUGCGUGGGAGAGAGCUGCACAUUCAAACCUUGAAUCUGUCAGCAAACCGGCUGCUGAGCGUACCGGCGCUGGCAGGACUUCCGCUGAGGUACCUCAAUCUGGAUGGUAACCCCAUCACACAGAUCAAGGAGGGAGCUUUUGCUCAACUGAAAAAUCUAGUUUAUUUAUCCAUCAGUGGCCUCCAGGACCUUCACGAGAUCAUGCCAAACAGCUUCACGGGCCUCCUAAGCCUGCAAGUACUGGAUCUCUCAAACAACCCCAAGCUCAAGACUUUAAGCCCCGCAGUUUUCAGCGGACUGGACUCCCUGCUGGAGCUGAAUUUAUCUGGCUCUGCUGUGGCGUCCUUGCCAAAUAACAUGCUGACACACCUGCCCAGCAUUAAGAGUAUCACAUUAGGGCGGGGCAUCCAAUGCUGGAGGACACAGAAACAGAGACAGUUCCACCGGCAGCUGGGACAGGUCCAACACAACGAGGUGCUCAGCUGUAAUGUGGAGGGCAUCGUGUUGUAGGAACAGUGCCUGUGGAAAUGGACCAAUCCUUAAAGGGGCCAGUAUAGUCCAUCAGAAGUGCUUGCCAAGUGGUCGAAUAGCUUCAGAAACCCCCCUCACACCAACAUCUUUCUGACGUUGGAUAUAACCAUUAACACUUUAGAUUUCUAGCAUGGUUGGACAACACGUCGUACAACCACCUUCUGAGAGUAUAACCACGCCAGUACAAUCCUAAAGCGAGAGCCGUGCCUUAUCUGCUCUGAUAUGCAAAACACUUUUUUGUUACUUUCACUUAAUUACCUCUGUUCCAAGGUGAGCUUUUGGAAUAUGUCUUAAAGGUUUAAAGUAGCCUACACAAACUCUUGACAGAAGUAUAAAAAAUGCUGUACCUUUCAGAAAAAACGACUUAAAACACACAAAAAACUGAUCCAUUUCUUUCAAUCUUUACAUUUAGCCUGAACUGGUAGAUAAUUUUUCAUAAAUCCAACUUUUUGAGUAAUGUUCAUACUGUUUGUUAUGUACUUCAUUUAAAGUGGGACCAUAUUAAGAGCUUUUUGCACUCAAACCAGUUGUGAUGUUUUCUUAAAAUGCACAUACAUGCAGUGUAAUACAAAACCUUCUGUGCAUUGCUCAUCAUAUCCACACUGAUUUUUCAACUCUUGACCACUAAGAUCAUUUUAUUUGACUUUGAAUGUGAUGCUUUAUUGAAAUGUUUAAAGGGAUAGUUAGACAUUUUGGGAAAUGUGCUGAUUUGUUUAAUAGCCGAGGGCUAGAUGAGAAGAUUCUGAUAUUAGUUGGUCCAAUAUGAAGCAAUAUAGCCAACAGCAUGCUAGCUUAGCUUAGCACAAAGCCUGGAAACAGAGGGAAACAGCUAGCCUGGCUCUGUCCAAAGAACUUCUUAAGCUCACUAAAUAACUUGUUAAAUCAAUACGAAAAACUAAAUGUGAAAACAAUGGCUGCGGUUGUACGAGGGUACUAUUUAUUGGACUUGCAGUGACUUCCUGUAGUCUUUUGGAAUUCCCCAUUAAACUACAACAUGUUUUCUUUAUGGUUCAGUUGUUGACAGAUCAAAGACAUUUAAUUUAACUUGUUUAUUUAAUAAAUGUUGUAAUUUUUAGACGUAACCACAUAAGCUGUUCUCCCCUGUUUCCAUUCUUAAUGCUACACUAAGCUUCUGGCUGUGGCUUUAUACUUAACACACAUACAUGAAAUUGUUGUGAAUCUUCAGAUCUAACUCUAAUCAAGACAGCUAAUGCGCAUAUUAUACAUUAUUGUAUUAUAUAUAUGUCCCAAAAAUGUCAAUCUGUACAAUCCAAGUACCAUAGUUCUUUAUUAAGCUCGGUCUGGGUGGGAAACUUACGCUAUCUUCUGUAAGUGAUGAGGGCAAAGAUCUUUUCUUGUUACGACCAUUUCAUUACUUGAAUCUGACCUCCUUAAGGACUCUUAAGUUUGGUGGCCUUUAGAAAUUAGGCCUGUGCAGCCUUUGACUCACUGUUCUGUUUGUCUUACACGUUACACAACGGCAGCGAACAGGCCAGUGACCAUGUUGACCGGCAGUUUAUUUUGACCUGCUGGCAAAUCAUUCUCCAGUGGAACAAAACGCGUGUUUGCAAACUAAUUUGACCAAUGAAGUAAAUCAACGUUCUCUCAAUGAGUAAUGGUAAAACACCAAGCUGCACCUUGCUGUUACGUGUAACUUCACCUUAGCAUUCCUGUGGUUUUUCUGUGGACAUAAGAGGACGAACAGCCUCAAGACUGCAUAUUAGGGGUUUUGAAUGAAAGUCAGAAGAGCCCAGUCUUGGUGUAGAAGUUUAUAUUUAUAUGUAUGUAACUAUUUUGUAUAUAACUUUAUAUAUAAAUGAAUCUUGUGUGUAAUAAAUUGACUCUUCUCACACUUUAAA